CGAAUUGCUUCCUCCCAACCAGUCCACUACAGUCGGCCCCAUCUUCGAGUUCUCCCUCUCGAACGCACCUUCCUCCACCCAACCGUCACUCAAUUCUUUCUCAAGUCGUAAGUGCCUUCCCCCGCCGACUCGUCCCUGCCUUUGCGUCUGCUGUGAGGCAGCAACACAAAACAAAAAGUCUCUCUUCUGCUCCCACUACACCUCGCACUGUCUUCCUACUUGCCUUACUGCACACUUUCGUGAAUCCGUAUUGAACGUACAUGGGCCGAACUGACUCGGCUCACGCACAGUAAUUCUCCCUGUCCGCGCCAAACUCCCUUGCCACUCACUUCCCCCAACCCCCCAAAAUGUCGUCUGAGACGUUCGAGUUCCAGGCCGAGAUCUCUCAGCUCCUCGGCCUGAUCAUCAAUACUGUCUACUCAAACAAGGAGAUCUUCCUACGAGAACUGAUUUCCAAUGCUUCCGAUGCUCUCGACAAGAUCCGGUAUGAGGCCCUGUCCGACCCCAGCAAGCUCGACAGUGGCAAGGACCUCCGCAUCGACAUCAUCCCCGACAAGGAGGGGAAGACCCUGACUAUCCAGGAUACCGGUAUUGGCAUGACCAAGGCUGACCUCAUCAACAAUCUCGGCACCAUUGCUCGGUCAGGUACUAAGCAGUUCAUGGAGGCUCUCACCGCUGGUGCCGAUAUCUCCAUGAUUGGCCAGUUCGGUGUCGGUUUCUACUCUGCCUACCUUGUGGCUGACCGCGUCUCUGUCGUCUCCAAGCACAACGACGAUGAGCAGUACAUCUGGGAGUCAAGUGCCGGUGGUACCUUCAAAAUCACUGAGGAUACCGAGGGUGAGCAAAUCGGUCGUGGUACCAAGAUCAUCCUCCACCUCAAGGAUGAGCAGACCGACUACCUGAACGAGAGCAAGAUCAAGGAGGUCGUCAAGAAGCACUCCGAGUUCAUCUCCUACCCGAUCUACCUCCACGUCCUCAAGGAGACCGAGAAGGAGGUCGAGGAUGAUGAGGCUGAGGAGGCCGAAGAGGGCGACGAGAAGAAGCCCAAGGUCGAGGAGGUCGAUGAUGAGGAGGAGGAAAAGAAGAAGAAGACCAAGAAGGUCAAGGAGUCCAAGAUCGAGGAGGAAGAGCUCAACAAGACAAAGCCGAUCUGGACCCGAAACCCCCAGGACAUCACCCAGGAAGAGUACGCCUCGUUCUACAAGUCGCUGUCAAAUGACUGGGAAGACCACCUUGCAGUCAAGCACUUCUCCGUUGAGGGUCAGCUCGAGUUCCGCGCGAUCCUCUUCGUUCCCAAGCGAGCUCCGUUUGACCUCUUCGAGACCAAGAAGACGAAGAAUAACAUCAAGCUCUACGUCCGCCGCGUCUUCAUCACUGAUGAUGCGACCGAUCUUAUUCCCGAGUGGCUGAGCUUCAUCAAGGGUGUCGUCGAUUCGGAAGACCUUCCUCUCAACUUGUCCCGUGAGACUCUCCAGCAGAACAAGAUCAUGAAGGUUAUCCGCAAGAACAUUGUCAAGAAGACCCUUGAGCUCUUCAACGAGAUUGCCGAGGACCGUGAGCAGUUCGACAAGUUCUACUCGGCCUUCAGCAAGAACAUCAAGCUCGGCAUUCAUGAGGACUCCCAGAACCGCCAGUCACUCGCCAAGCUCCUUCGAUUCAACUCGACCAAGUCUGGCGAUGAGACCACGUCUCUCACCGACUACAUCACCCGCAUGCCAGAGCACCAGAAGCAGAUGUACUACAUCACCGGCGAGUCGCUCAAGGCUGUACAGAAGUCUCCAUUCCUUGACUCUCUCAAGGACAAGGGCUUCGAGGUCUUGUUCUUGGUUGACCCAAUCGAUGAGUAUGCCAUGACUCAGCUCAAGGAGUUUGACGGCAAGAAGCUCGUCGACAUUACCAAGGACUUCGAGCUGGAGGAGUCCGAGGAGGAGAAGAAGCAGCGUGAAGCCGAGGAGAAAGAGUUCGAAGGUCUCGCCAAGAGCCUCAAGAACGUCCUCGGUGAAAAGGUUGAGAAGGUCGUUGUCAGCCACAAGCUCAUCGGCUCACCCUGCGCUAUCCGAACCGGUCAGUUUGGUUGGUCUGCUAACAUGGAGCGUAUCAUGAAGGCUCAGGCUCUACGUGACACCUCCAUGAGCUCCUACAUGUCAUCGAAGAAGACUUUCGAGAUCUCUCCUAAGUCUCCGAUCAUCAAAGAGCUCAAGCGCAAGGUCGAGGCUGAUGGCGAGGAGGACCGCACCGUCAAGUCCAUCACUCUCCUGCUCUUCGAGACCUCUCUCCUCGUCUCUGGCUUCACCAUCGACGAGCCCGUUCAGUACGCCGAGCGCAUCCACAAGCUCGUCUCUCUCGGCCUAAACGUCGACGAGGAGGUCGAGACAGUUGAGGAGGCCAAGGCCGAGGAGGAAGCUCCGGCUGAGGCGGCAGCAGGCGAGAGCGCUAUGGAGGAGGUCGACUAAACGGUUCAGGCGGGAGCAAAAGUUCGGCGCUUGGAUUCCCCAUUUUCAUGUGUUAAUGUCUUUUUUUCCCUUUUUACCUCCACAACGCUUCUUGCAUGGCAGGUUAAUAUCCUGCGGCGUCUUUCAGAGUGGGUGGAGAAAUGACUGGAUGGAUUCCCAAACGUGUACUCUAGGUAGACCACUGAUGGCUCUGGUCAUCUAAUUCUCUCAGUAGCGAGGUUAUGAAUUGAUGUGAGGAAUUUUCAAAUG